CUUUGUGGCGGUGGGUCGGCUUUUGUGGGAGGUCGGCCCGCUUGCUCGCGCAUCCGUCCGAGCGUAGGUCGGUCUGUCAGUCCGCCGAGGGGCCGCGCUCUACGCCCCCUGCCUCCGGACGGCUGAACUUGAGGCCGGCCCUGGUCACGACGCGCAGUGCUCUGGGAGGAGUGUGUGACAGGCUGCGUGGGGCGCGGGUGAUGGGGCGUGAGCGCAGCCUCGGGUGUGGGGCGCUUGCUCAGCCUGCCUGACCCCUACCUUGUGGGGAGCGCAGGAGGCUCCGCGUGCGGGACCGUGCAGCCGGGAGUGCGUGUGCAACCUCACGGCGCUCCCCUGCUUGCUGUCCCUGAGCCCCAGGAGCAGGACCCGCGCCUCUGGGCCUGGCCUGGGGCCCAGGAGGCUGCAGAGCUGCCCACGCCUCCGGCGAACACUGCCGAGGGGCGCCAUGGAGACCCCUGCCCCGAAGCCCCAGGAGACAGCUCUGCCCUCCCAGGAGCCAGCUUUUACCCUCAAAAAGAAUCCAGAGGAUAAAUUGGGUCAGGGUCUCCUGGAAGCCAGGUCUGAGGAAUCAGUGACUUUCAAGGAUGUGGCUGUGGACUUCACACAGGAGGAGUGGGGCCAGCUAGACUCCCCUCAAAGGGCUUUGUACCGUGACGUGAUGCUGGAGAACUACCAGAACCUUCUUGCCCUGGCAGGGCCCCCCGUCUGCAAGCCAGAUGUGAUCUCCCACCUGGAACGGGGCGAGGAGCCAUGGUGGAUGCCCAGAGAAGCCCCUGGAGGGGCUUGUCCAGACGGGGAGCCUGGGCCUGAGGUGGAGGAUGAGUCUUGUCAACAACAGGGCCUUUACAAGGAAGAGCCUUCCCAGGAGCCCAUCACCGAGCCCCUGGCGAGGUCCAGGGUCCAUAGCCCCAGUCUGGGCAAUGGGUGGGCUCGAAAGGGUCCGGCAGCUGCUCUGGUGAGGGGUGAGGCCGCUCCGCAGAGGCCAGCGCCGGCCUGCCGGGACAUUUCCCUGGAGGGGCACCGGCAGGGCCAUGAGGCCCCUGAGAAGGAUUUCACCCCCCAGAACAUUCCUGAAGAAGCACACCCUCUUGAUGGGCCCACCGAGGGCUUCCGGUCUGGUGAGGAGGCCACCAAGCACCAGAGAGCAGGCGCCCGGAGAGGCCCGUGCAAGUCCGGUGGCGGCGGGGAGCACGCGGCCCCGAGCAGGAGGCUGGCGGCGGCCUCUGGGGAUGGCCUCUUCGCGUGUGGCGAGUGCGGGAAAGCCUUCCGCCAGAGCUCGUCCUUGACCCUGCACCGGCGGUGGCACGCGCGGGAGAAAGCCUACAAGUGCCACGAGUGCGGCAAAGCCUUCACCUGGAGCACCAACCUCAUUGAGCACCAGCGCAUCCACACCGGCGAGAAGCCCUUCUUCUGCGGCGAGUGCGGCAAGGCCUUCAGCUGCCACUCGUCGCUGAACGUGCACCACAGGAUCCACACGGGCGAGCGGCCCUACAAGUGCAGUGCUUGCGAGAAGGCCUUCAGCUGCAGCUCGCUGCUCAACAUGCACCUGCGCGUGCACACAGGCGAGAAGCCCUACGAGUGCGGCGCGUGCGGCAAGGCCUUCAACCAGAGGACGCACCUGACGCGCCACCAGCGCAUCCACACGGGCGAGAAGCCCUACAAGUGCGGCGCGUGCGGCAAGGCCUUCACCUGCCACUCCUCCCUGACCGUGCACGAGAAGAUCCACAACGGGGACAAGCCGUUCAAAUGUGGCGACUGCGACAAGGCCUUCAACAGCCGCUCGCGCCUCACGCUGCACCAGCGCAUCCACACGGGCGAGAAGCCCUUCAAGUGCGGCGCAUGCGGCAAGGCGUUCAGCUGCCACUCGUACCUGGUGGUGCACCAGCGCAUCCACAGCGGGGAGAAGCCCUUCAAGUGCAACGAGUGCGGCAAGGCCUUCAGCUCCCACUCCUACCUCAUCGUGCACCAGCGCAUCCACACGGGGGAGAAGCCCUUCGACUGCAGCCGCUGCUGGAAGGCCUUCAGCUGCCACUCAUCCCUCAUUGUGCACCAGCGCAUCCACACCGGCGAGAAGCCCUACAAGUGCGGCGAGUGCGGCAAGGCCUUCAGCCAGAACCACUGUCUCAUCAAGCAUCAGAAAGUCCACGCCGGGGAGAAGUCGUUCAGAUGCGACGAGUGUGGGGAAAUGUUCGGCUGGAGCACCCACCUCGCCGAGCACCAGAGGAAACACAGCGAGGAGAAGCCCUUCGCCCUCCAGUUCAACAAGCACUUACUGAGCACCUACUACAUGCCGGGCAGCCUGCUGGGCGCGGGGGGCGCGGGGGUGAGUGGCAUGGACCCACUCAAUGCCCUGGACGUGGCAGAGCUCCUGUGCGUGGUACAGCCCUCAGCCAGCCGGACUUUCCCGCUGGGCAGCAAACCCGGAAAUUAGCACAGUGUGCUGGUCGUCGACCACCUCGCUGCUUCCCCAGAAAGCUCUGCGGCUCAGAUGCACGUGCCUCAGGUUCAAGACUGGCCCUGCCGCCUGUGCCCAUCUCCCCACACACUGGGACACCCCUUUGAGCAGUCGGCAUCACCCUGAGAAGGGCCACACUGUAGGAGAGAAGACAUGAGGGCCAUUUGAGGAUGUCCCGUCAUCCUGUUUUCCUUAACGGGCAUGCAGGUCACCGACCUGAGGAGUAGGUCUUACCUGAAGACCAAAAGAAGGUAUAUCGAUCAUUGUGUCCUCGGGACCGGCUCCUGGCAUGAUAUCCAUUAGGAAUUUCCUUUGUACGCUGGUAUGUUUAGAGUAAUAAUAAUGGUAAGAAUAGAAACAGAAGAAGUGUGAACAGCCUUCCUUCUAGGGGAGCAUUGUUUCAGGAGAGGAGAAUGAUCUUCAGUGGCAGGGGUUUGGGAAAAGGCGGAUUUCCUGGACUCGCUUCAUCAAAGUGGCUCUGUUGUUAGUGACAGCACCUCUGUCUGAGAAGCACGGCCUGGCGUCAGCGUGGCCGGGUCCUGACACACCCGCUUCGUCCUGGUGAGAAGCAGUGAGCGCGCAGGCGAGUGCCGGGCAUUCAUCCAGGGUGCGGUGUUGGCAUAGAUGUGUCUAGAAGCGCGCCAUCACCUAGGCCAGUGAGUCUGCCCCGGGGCCUCCCUCUGCUCACCGGCUCAGCCCCGCAGGAGGAGCCCCUCCAAGGAGACCCGUCCCUGUGCUCUUUGCAGAGGUGGACCGCGUUCCUCUGGAAUUAAUGCUUGUUCUGCGCAGUUGGAAGCACACCCAAGCUGCUUUCUCAAUGAUAAUACUUUACAUUUAUAUGGAGAGCUAUAGUUUAUGAAAUGCUUUUUAGUACACUUUUUAACUUAUGGUAGCAAAAUAACUACAUUUUGGGAAGUGUGGAAUUAAGGAAAAGACUCCCAUAAUUGCUAAUAAAACUGCAUUUCGCACUUUGAUACAUUACCUUCUGCUUGUUUCAAAGUGGAUUUUUUUUACAUCCCCACAAACAUAGUAUAUAUAUCACUUUCAUCUUUUUUCCCCACCUACUGCAUAGCAGAAUUUUUUCCCAAGUAACUGCACUGUCCUUAGAGUUACAGUUUUAA